UCCUCAGCACACUGAAGAAACAAGUAUGGCGGCGUCCAGUGUUUUCAGACCGGGCUUGUUCAACCAUAGAGUUGCGAUAGUAACGGGCGGAGGUACCGGUAUCGGUAAAGCUAUCUCCGCCGAGCUGCUGCAGCUGGGCUGCAGUGUGGUGAUCUCCAGUAGAAAGGCAGAGAGGUUGGAGGCAGCAGCCCAGGAGAUGAGACAGAAAAUCCCUCCCUCCAGUCCUGCACGUGUCACUCCUCUAUUGUGUAACAUCCGAAAUGAGGAUGAGGUGAAGGCUCUUGUAUCGUCGGUGCUGGAGCAGUACGGCAGGAUAGACUUCCUGGUGAACAAUGGGGGAGGUCAGUUCAGCAGCCCAGCUGAACACAUGUCCUCUAAAGGCUGGAAAGCUGUGAUAGACACCAACCUGACUGGAACCUUCCACUGCUGCCAGCAGGUCUACGCUGCGUGGAUGAAACAGCAUGGAGGUGUGAUCGUCAACAUCAUUGCUGACAUGUGGAAAGGCUUCCCGGGCAUGGCACACACAGGAGCAGCGAGGGCAGCGGUGGACAACUUGACAAAGAGUCUGGCCAUCGAGUGGGCAGCCUCUGGAGUCAGAGUCAACUCUGUUGCACCUGGCACAAUCUUUUCCAAAACUGCAAUGGAGAAUUACAAAGAGUUUGGACCAAGUCUCUUCAAGAUGUCUGUUCCAUUUAGCCCUGCAAAGAGGCUGGGAGUUCCCGAAGAGAUCUCAUCAGCAGUGUGUUUCCUGCUCUCUCCCGCUGCCUCCUACAUCUCUGGAGCCACCCUGAGGGUUGAUGCAGGACAAAGUCUGUACCACUCAAUGUGGGAGAUACCCAACCACAGUGCUUGGCCUGAUGCCCCAGAGGGGGAGAACCUGGACGCUCUGAAGGACCUCCUCAACCCCAAAAGCAAACUCUAAUUCACUUGAGUGGCAGGGUCUUAGCCUAAUGCAUAAACACAUACACAUGCUUGGCCAACAAGCAUCAUGGACAUUGAGGUGCACAGGCACCUGAAGCACUGUCAAAGACACCAUGGUGGCCUGCUUAUAAGAUGAUGUGAUUUAUUGUGCAAAACGUGUACAUAAUAGUAUAUCUAAUUAAUAGCAAGUGUCUGGUUAGAUUCCUGGAUGAUGAGCGGUGAUAUAAACUGUUGAAAUUUAUGUAGAAUAUUUUUUUCCAAUACUUUUGUAAGUAGGUAAAUAAACAUACAGUGUUUUUUGACUACAAAUGUCUUUACAAAUGGAGAGAAAAGAGUUUCAGAGAGUUUCAAAGUCAGGAGCUACAAUGUCAAAAUCAAGAUCACCUUUAGUUUUUUAGCUGGCACCUUGGACUCCUGCAGUGAGAUGGGAUAGCAAAUGGUUUUUCAAACCUCUCUUUUUCUUUACUGUGGCUCACAGAUGAUCAUCAAGAAUGUAUAAAGAUUCAGUAAUGUGUGGUGAACAGAUGCUUUACAUUACAUCUUAAUGUAUGUUUCUUUGUAUUAUAUCAUGGAAUAUCUUUCUUUUUUAAUGUUUAAUGGAAAAUACACAAGAAAUGAAAAGGCUUUGGAUAAUAAAAGACUAAUAAAAUAUUUUUUGUCACUAAA